AUGGAAAGAUCGGUAUUACUACGAAUAGCCAUAAAACAGGUGACGAUCCUGGUGGCGGGGGCCCGGGACGGCGCGUCGGUGCCGAUCGUGACUCCGUCCAAGGACCGGACGCGGUUCGCCAACAUCUCCAUCCACGGGCACCACUCUCCGCGCAAGCCCCUGCCCAGCGUGCAUAAGCUCAACGCCUCGUGCCUCCACGACAACAGCUUCUGCGAGUCGCUGCCGGGAUACCCGGAGGAGUUCGUGACGAGCGUGAUGCGACUCCGAGGCUCGGCGUUCCGGAGCUACUUCCAGGACGUGGACCGCGAGGAGCUGCUGACGGACGACCUGCCACCAGCGGCGUCGCCGUCCGAGCAGCGGGUGCGAGUGCCGUUCGGCGGCGACGUGGCCGAGGCUCAGGUGUGCGACGUCCGCGUCGAAGUCCGCUACCCGCGCUUCGGCCUCGACAAGGACGGCGCCAUGAAGCUCAUCGUCAACGACGGAGGGGAGUACCGCCAGCCCGUGCGCAUCGAAGUCUGCAGGAACGAAGGCGGAACCUGCGACCGCAUCCACGACAUGCUCCCGGCAGGCCAUUCCACCCGCUGCGCCACCAAGUACGUGAACAGAGUGCUGGUCGCCCUGUCCACCGAAGACAACCGCGUGGAGCCCAUGCCGACCAGGUUCUCUUUCCCAGCCGCGUGCGUCUGCUUUGUACGCACCUACUACUACCCCGGAAAGCUCUGA